AUGGCGCCAACGGAGCUCCAGGGCCGCGCUGGUAACGAGUUCCACGUUUCGCCGAGUCUUAGCGGGACAUCCCAGCCAAGUGGCCGUCAAGUGGCAGUCUGCUCCGGCCUCGGCGCCGAAGAUUCCCCCCGGAGAGACUCGCAGUUAGAAUGGUACAGAGCAGCCGCAGCCGUUAACGUCAAACUACUCAGUCUCAAAAGGUCCAGCAAUCCCAAAGAGGACAGUAGAUGCUCAGAUGCCCGUUGCUGCUCCCACUCAGCCAGCGACCGAGACUCUGUCUCUCCCGCGGUGUCAGAAGAACUCACUGAAAGCAGCGACAAAACGGGACGGAAAACGGCAGACAGCAGCCUGACCGACGACAACGACGAUCAGUCGGACCCGGAAGCCCCUCUGGACCAGAGCUCUAUCCGGAAGAAGAAAAGUAGAACCGUUUUCAGUCGGAGUCAGGUGUUUCAGUUGGAGUCGUCGUUCGAUAUGAAACGGUACCUCAGCAGUUCUGAACGGGCAGGUAUCGCGGCCUCUCUCCACCUAACGGAAACGCAGGUGAAAAUCUGGUUCCAGAACCGACGGAACAAAUGGAAGAGACAGCUGGCGGCGGAUCUAGAGGCCGCAAACGUUUCCCGCUCGUCCCGGCGGAUAGUCAGAGUUCCGAUUCUAUAUCACGAAAGCAACACGCCCUCGACGUUGCGUUUCAACAUCGACGUGUCCCRGGUCUCCCCACCGUUGAUGAGUUUCUCAAACCCUAUGAACUAUCCCUUCUCUUCGUUCGCUCACUCCGUGAGUUUACUACUCUCGCAAAUGACCGGGUUGGUGUAAAGACCAAUUAUCGAACUUUCAUUUUUUUUUGUUCACGUCAUAUCAUCAUUUAUUCAAUUAUUGAAGAUAGGGGAAUCGUGCAAUAACAAUACCUGCAAUGGCCGCUGAAAACCAAACAAGUAAAACAGUUUGAAGAAAUGGCCUUUAGACUUACAAAUGAUCGCGGUGUUUUUAAAUGUUGUAAUUGUAAUACUUUACAUAUCUACUUGUAUUAUAUUAUCGCCUCACUAGAUAAUGAUAGUGUUGUGCCGGUCCACAUUGCUAUGUUUUUUAAUAUACACUUAUUUGUGCAAAGACUUUUAUAUUCAAAGCCAGUUUCUAACGUCACUUUUUCCCCCCACACAAUAUAGCUCUAAAUAAACGAAUCACAAGAUAUGA